AGCCUGGAGUCCAGGAGGGAAGACAGAUAUUAACUAACGACAUAAAGUGGGGUGAAUGGUAUGAUGGGAAAUGGAAUUUCUAUUUGAACAGGUUUGGGGACAGCAAUCUAGUUUAAAUUAGGAGAACUAGAGAAUACAUCUCGAAAAAUAACAAGCAUGGUUUGCUUAAUUCUAUGUUUCUUUGGGGUAGCUGGGUGAGGGGUGCUCCUCGGCAUAGUCAGUGAAAAGGGGUAAGUCCAGGAUGCCUUGAUGACACCUCCCGGGGGACCUAACCUACUCUGGAAGAUCAAGGAAAGCCUCCGAGAGGAAGUAAUCUCAACGCUAAGGAGAGCGCUGGAGAUUUGAAAAAAUUCUGGUGAAGAACCUAUUAAGAGUCAAAUGAGUCAAGGAAAUGAAUUACAUGUUCAGAAUUUCUAGUUUGCAACGUUCGAAACUACUGACCCCAACCAAACCCACUGCCAUCAAAUGAAUUCUGACUCUUAGUUACCCUACAGGGCAGAGUAGAGCUGCCUCAUAGAGUUUCCAAGGCUGUAAUCUUUAUGGAAAGAGACUGCUAUAUCAUUCCAUCGUCCUCUCACCGGGUUCGAACUAACCAGCUUUUCAGUUAGCAACCAAACGCCUAGCCACUGCGCCACCAGAGGUCCUCUAGGCUACUGAGGAUUUCCCCGAUGCCUUCGCAUGCUGUGCGUGGUGGCGUAGAACGCGCGGAGCACUUCGGGCCUUGUAGUCUCGGACGGACUCUGAGCCCCAUGAUGCUGUGCGACGGGUCGUCGGGCCUGCGCAGUGAAGGGGGCGGGCAGCGCGGAGUGUGAGGCUCUUUUGCGCAGAGGGGGAAGGCCGUUGGCUGGGGCCUGUUGUACGCCGCUUCAGUGAGGAGCUCGACCGCGGCCACUCGGCUUGUUGCUUUUGUGGGCGUCACUCCUCCCGCCGGCCCGACUCGACGCGCCAGUAGCGCGGCACCGAUUCCCCUCGGGCUCUUGGGCGCUGCUCUGAGCAGCGUCACCCUUUACACCAGAAAGCUGGCGGGCACUAUGGGGAAGAAACAAAACAAGAAGAAAGUGGAGGAGGUGCUAGAAGAGGAGGAAGAAGAGUAUGUGGUGGAAAAAGUUCUCGACCGUCGAGUGGUAAAGGGCAAAGUGGAGUACCUCCUAAAGUGGAAGGGUUUCUCAGAUGAGGACAACACAUGGGAACCAGAAGAGAACUUGGAUUGCCCCGACCUCAUUGCUGAGUUUCUGCAGUCACAGAAAACAGCUCACGAGACAGAUAAAUCAGAAGGAGGCAAGCGCAAAGCUGACUCUGAUUCUGAAGAUAAGGGAGAGGAAAGUAAACCAAAGAAGAAGAAAGAAGAGUCAGAAAAGCCACGAGGAUUUGCUCGGGGUUUGGAGCCAGAGCGGAUUAUUGGAGCUACAGACUCCAGUGGAGAGCUCAUGUUCCUGAUGAAAUGGAAAAACUCUGAUGAGGCUGACCUGGUCCCUGCCAAGGAAGCCAAUGUCAAGUGCCCACAGGUUGUCAUAUCCUUCUAUGAGGAAAGGCUGACGUGGCAUUCCUACCCCUCGGAGGAUGAUGACAAAAAAGAUGACAAGAAUUAACUCUACUGAGUACGAGCCCCUGUCACAUGACUGUGGGUUUAAAGUGGGGAGGGAAGGAGUACUACUUGUCUUGACACCAUAGAAGUGGCUUGAGAAGAUGUCCUUUGAAGAGCCGGUAUAGUUUCUGUGCCCUGCAGCAGCCCAAGUGCUUUAAAGCUGUACCGUGCUGUAUAGAUUGCACACCCAUCCCAGUGGAGGGGAGGGGAUAAGUGUUUCAAGGCAACCCAUUCUGCACUUUGCUGGGAAAAGCAAAGGGCCUUCUAUGAAGGACAAAACUUGCAGAGUGGGUGUGUGGGAGAGCAAAGAGAUACUGUAGAUCUUCAAAGAGCAUCUCCACAACCCACAGCCUUCUUCCCAAUAGUGUUAACUCUGCAUUUUUACAGCGUAGCAUGUGUGUAGUUUUUGGCUAUUACUGGUGUACUAUUUGGGGGUGGGAGGGAAGGGUGGGGAAGAAGGGAGAUGAGUAGGCUCAUUUUUGUUAAAAUUUGGGGCCUGAUUGGGGAAAUAGUGAAACAGUAGAAGGAACAACUAUUGAUUUUGUUCUAUGUCCAGAAUGUUUUACCUUUUUUAAAAAAAAAAGUAAUUGGCAACAUAAAUAAGGACUGUAAGAGACUGUUUAAAAGCUCUGAAUGCCUGGAACCUAUAAGCCAAGGUAUUCCCUGCCUGAGCUUAAUGCUGUCCCCUACAAAGGACUAAGCCAGUAAGUUUUACCAAAGCUGCCAUUUUGGAGUUGGAAACUGACUGAGGAGGAAGUGAUUUUUAUUGGGAAGUAUACACAGGGAGAUUAUUCUGUUUUAGAGGUGCUAAUUCUUGAAAUUGACAAGAAGACCCUUUCUUUUCCAAUAAGUCAUAAAUACCAGCUUGUCCAUCCAAGCCAGGCUAAACUAUUUGGGGGAGGUGAAGAGGGUGGUAUAGGAGAUGAGAGAGUAGGAAAGACAAAGGCACGUGCUUUUAGGGUGGAGCCACUCUGUUGUUUGAACUUUGAAACCCUUGGUGGCAGGGUUCAAUCACUAACAGCACAAGUUUCAUUGAAUCGGUUCAAGAGUUGAAAGAUUUCAAAAGCCCAAGCGAGUCUCAGGAGAAGAUUAAACUUUCACACUGGGGCAGUGGUUCACUUAAAAAAAAAAAAAAAAAAUUUUUUUUUAAUCCUAAGAAUUACCUGAUACCCAAAAUGCUUUGUCUUGAAUCAUGAGAUCCAUCCAUUCUUGACAUCUAAACCCGCAACUAGAGCUGCAUUGUAAAAUCUUUUUAGGCAUGUAUUAGGUUUCUGUGAAAACUUUGUUUAAAUGUAAACUUCAUACUACCCUGUCAGUUUUUGUCUUAAUAAAACUAUAGAUUUAUAAUCCCUGA